AUGAAGCGGCCACUGAGCCCAUCCCCCUCAGGUGAGAAGGAGCCCCCCACAACUGCUGCACCUGAGUGCCCCCCUCACUCUCCAGAAUCGUCGAAGCCUAAGCGGGAAAGGAAACGACCUUCCUACACCCUCUGCGACGUCUGCAACAUCCAGCUGAACUCUGCUGCCCAGGCCCAGGUGCAUUGUGGGGGACGCGCCCACCAGCGGAGGCUUCGGCAGCUCAGCCUGGGCAAGACCUCCGCAGGGCCAGCAGGCCCAGCCUCCAGCACCCCCAGCCCCCUGCUGGCCUCCCUGACCCUGCCCACCCGGCCUCUGCAAACCCCGUUGGACUUCAAGCACUUGCUCGCCUUCCACAUCAAUGGCACCACCCCGCUCAGUCUCUUCCCCAACUUCAGCACGAUGGAUCCAGUCCAGAAAGCUGUCAUCAGUCACACAUUUGGGGUCCCCUCCCCUCUGAAGAAAAAGCUGUUCAUCUCCUGUAACAUCUGUCACCUGAGGUUCAACUCAGCGAACCAGGCUGAAGCUCAUUACAAGGGCCACAGACAUGCCAGAAAACUCAAGGCUGUCGAAGCUGCCAAGAGCAAGCAGAGACCUCGAAACUUGACCCCAAAUGGGACAGUGGCAUCUUCAGCCUCACCUCCUGCCAGUGGAGGCCCCGGAAACCCACAGAGCAAAGAUGCUCCAUCUCCUCCUCAUGGCGCUUCACUUCAGCUACCUCCGACCUCAGACACAUCAGUUAGAGAGCCGGCCCACUCAGACCUCUCGGAUGCCGCUGCUUCCUCUUCCUCUUCCUCCUCUUCCUGCCCACCCUGCUCCCCGGAUCCUGGCACGGAAGCACCAGGGCCUGAGCCAGCAGAAGUGGCUGUGGGGAGUGGGGUAAAUGGUGAAGGCAGGAGCGAAAAGGGGUGCCUCUACUGCCCUACUUGUAAAGUGACAGUAAACUCAGCCUCACAGCUUCAGGCUCACAACACAGGAGCCAAGCACCGAUGGAUGGUGGAAGGCCACCAAGGGGCUCCCCGAAGGGGCCGGGGCCGUCCUGUGUCGCAGGGAGGGGCUGGACACAAGACAAAGAGAGUGCUAGGAAAUCGUGGGGGCCGGCAGGGACCUAGCCCUCCCUUCCAGUGUGCCCUCUGUCAGCUCCAGGUCAAUUCAGAGACCCAACUCAAGCAGCACAUGAACAGCCGGAGGCACAAAGACCGCCUGGCUGGGAAGUCCCCCAAGCCCUCCAGCCAGCAUAGCAAACUGCAGAAACAGGCGGCAUUGGCUGUGAGUGCCCUCAAGUCUAAAUUGGCCUUGCAGAAGCAACUCACCAAGACACUUGCAGCCCGCUUCCUGCCCAGUCCGCUGCCCACCACAGCUGCUGCCAUCUGUGCCCUGCCAGGGCCCCUGGCCCUCCGGCCUGCCGCAACAGCAGCGGCCACCCUCUUUCCAGCUCCUGUCCUGGGCCCAGCUCUGUUCCGUACCCCAGCGGGAGCUGUCCGCACUGCAGCAGGGCCCAUCCUUUUUGCUCCCUAUUAG